AUGGGUCAGACCCUUUCCGAGCCCGUCGUCGAGAAGAAAUCUCAAAGCGGCGAUGGCGACGACUUGAUUUGGGGUGUGUCCUCGAUGCAGGGAUGGCGAAUCAGCAUGGAGGAUGCCCACGCGUGUAUCCUAGACCUGCAAGCCCUCAGCGAGGAGGGUAAGCCCACGCCUGCAGACAAGCGACUGAGUUUCUUUGGCGUCUACGAUGGUCACGGCGGCGACAAGGUAGCGAUAUACACAGGCGAGCACCUGCACGAGAUCGUCGCGAAGCAGGAAGCGUUCAAAGAAGGCGAUGUAAAGAAGGCCCUGCAAGACGGAUUCCUAGCGACGGACCGGGCGAUACUCAGCGACCCAAAGUACGAGGAAGAAGUCUCGGGUUGUACCGCUUCGGUCGGCAUCAUCUCCAAAGACAAGAUCUACGUGGCCAACUCGGGUGAUUCACGAAGUGUACUGGGCAUCAAAGGCCGGGCAAAGCCCCUAUCGUACGACCACAAGCCCCAGAAUGAAGCCGAGAAAGCACGCAUCCAGGCUGCUGGGGGCUUUGUCGAUUUUGGACGUGUCAACGGCAACCUCGCUCUCUCUCGAGCUAUCGGAGACUUCGAGUUCAAGAAGAGCGCCGAGCUUCCACCCGAACAACAGAUAGUCACCGCCUACCCUGAUGUUGAAAUCCACGACAUUAGUGAAGACGACGAGUUCCUGGUCAUUGCUUGCGAUGGUAUCUGGGAUUGCCAGUCUUCGCAAGCUGUUAUCGAGUUCGUUAGACGCGGUAUCGUUGCGAAGCAGGAUCUUGCAUCUAUAUGUGAGAACAUGAUGGACAACUGUCUGGCAAGCAACAGUGACACUGGCGGUGUUGGCUGCGACAACAUGACAAUGAUCGUCAUUGGUCUUCUGCAUGGACGGACGAAGGAGCAGUGGUAUGAAGAUAUCGCAAAGAGAGUUGCAAAUGGAGAGGGACCUUGCGCUCCGCCAGAAUAUGCCGAAUUCCGCGGACCAGGAGUGCAUCACCGGAUUGAUGAUAGCCCCGAUGACAUCGACAUGGACCUCGAUGGUCGCUUUCAGGGCAACCGUGGAUUGAGUGGUCUCGGUUCUCAUAUUGACUCCUCAGGCGGAGGCGGCCGCAUCAUUCUUCUUGGUGAUGGUACGGAGAUAACGACUGAAGCUGCCGACGCCGACAUGUUCGACAAUGACGAUGAAGAUAGAGACCGCGAUUUUCAAGUCGACCGGUCUAACGGUUCAGCACAGAAUGCACGUGGAGAGACACCCGGGCCGCAAGGCAGCUCCGCGAAAGAGACCACGGAAUCACCUUCAUCUGUCAAGACAGAAAAGUCAGAGGAGCCAUCUGCCGACAAAAAGGAUACUACUGUGCCAGAGAAGCUCACUGAUGUAAGUGAAAAGUAA